AUGCAUACAGAACCAUCGGGGAAAUCUCCUUCGUGGACCAUAGUGACUUUUGUGCCUGGGUUCAAGAGCAAAAGACGCACACCCGAACCAGUACUCAGACCCUUCACGCUAGAGCAUUUGGAAAACUGCUACAGAGCUCACCGUCGUACUUACACUGACGGCUCUGUUACGUCUACAUCAUCUGCCAUAGGCGUCUGGAUUCCAUCUGCCAAUAUCACCAUCUCUGCCACUCUUAGUCACGGCACCUCAUCUACAGCCACUGAACAGGCUGCACUGCGGGCUGCCAUUAAAUACAUCAUUGACCCGACAGACGAGUCCUGGGUCAUCUUCACUGACUCAAGAGCAGCGCUACAGUCGUUGAGAUCUCCAUGCACACAGGACCAACUCGUCAUGGACAUCAAACGCCUAUGCAAGAAAGCCUGUGACCUCCAUCAUCGCAUUGUUCUGCAGUGGAUCCCUGCCCACUGCGGAAUACAAGACAACGUCCGGUCUGAUGACACUGCCAAAGCUGGACAUGACACUUUAUGA